UGCGACGCAACUCGGCCGAGGUGCCUCUCUGGUCCCUGAAGCUCCCAGAGCCCGCGUGUUCAGGCGGUCCUGACACCCCGGCCCGAGCCACACCUGCUGGAGGGCUAAACGCCUGCCGGCCCUCCGGGUAUGAGCGGAGGCCGGGACAGCCCUGGGCUCCGCCGCCCCCGGAAGGAAAAACUACAGCGCGGGCAGCUGCCCAGCCUCGUAAGAGCAGAGCUCGGGAACCCCGCCCCCUGGGCCUCCGAUGUCCGUGCCGCUUUCCGUCGCCCGAGUGCCAUUGGGCCGGCCUGUCACGUGACCCGAGACCCCGCGCCCGGUUGGCUGUCGCCUGGUUACCAAUGGGAGACUAGCGGGCCGGCGUCCUGGCCUGGUCCAGCACCUGCGCCGCCCUCGGGUUUGGAGGGCUGGGCUGAGCGGGGAACGGGCGGGACGGGCCGGAGGCGGCGGCGGCGGCGGCGGACUCGCCUUCUCUCCGGGGCUGCGACCCCGAGGCUACUGGCUGCAGAUGGGAGCUCGCGGAGCCGAGGAUGCGGGCGGGCCGGGGCGCGACGCCGGCGAGGGAGCUGUUCCGGGACGCCGCCUUCCCCGCCGCGGACUCCUCGCUCUUCUGCGACUUGUCUACGCCGCUGGCCCAGUUCCGCGAGGACAUCACGUGGAGGCGGCCCCAGGAGAUUUGUGCCAUGCCCCGGUUGUUUCCAGAUGACCCGCAGGAAGGGCAGGUGAAGCAGGGGCUGCUGGGGGAUUGCUGGUUCCUGUGUGCCUGUGCCGCCCUGCAGAAGAGCAGGCACCUCCUGGACCAGGUCAUUCCUCCAGGACAGCCAAGCUGGGCCGACCAGGAGUACCAGGGCUCCUUCACCUGUCGCAUUUGGCAGUUUGGACGCUGGGUGGAGGUGACCACAGAUGACCGCCUGCCAUGCCUUGCAGGGAGACUCUGUUUCUCCCGCUGCCAGAGGGAGGAUGUGUUCUGGCUCCCCUUACUGGAAAAGGUCUACGCCAAGGUCCAUGGGUCCUACGAGCACUUGUGGGCAGGGCAGGUGGCGGAUGCCCUGGUGGACCUGACUGGUGGCCUGGCAGAAAGAUGGAGCCUGAAGGGCGUAGCGGGAAGCGGAGGCCAGCAGGACAGGCCGGCCCGCUGGGAGCACAGGACUUGUCGGCAGCUGCUCCGCUUGAAGGACCAGAGUCUCAUCAGCUGCUCCGUGCUCAGCCCCAGAGCAGGUGCUCGGGAGCUGGGGGAGUUCCAUGCUUUCGUUGUCUCGGACCUGCGGGAGCUGCAGGAUCAGGCGGGCCAGAGCAUCCUGCUGCUGCGGAUCCAGAACCCCUGGGGCCGGCGGUGCUGGCAGGGGCUCUGGAGAGAGGGGGGUGAAGGGUGGAGCCAGGUGGAUGCAGCGGUAACGUCUGAGCUCCUGUCCCAGCUCCAGGAAGGGGAGUUCUGGGUGGAGGAGGAAGAGUUCCUCAGGGAGUUUGACGAGAUCACCAUCGGCUACCCAAUCACGGAGGCCGGCCACCUGCAGAGCCUCUACACAGAGAAACUGCUCUGCCACACUCGGGCGCUGCCUGGGGCCUGGGUCAAGGGGCAGUCAGCAGGAGGCUGCCGGAACAACAGCGGCUUUCCCAGCAACCCCAAAUUCUGGCUGCGGGUCUCAGAACCGAGUGAGGUGUACAUUGCCGUCCUGCAGAGAUCGAGGCUGCGUGCAGUGGACUGGGCAGGCCGGGCCCGGGCACUGGUGGGUGACAGUCAUACUUCGUGGAGCCCAGCGAGCAUCCCGGGCAAGCACUACCAGGCUGUGGGCCUGCACCUCUGGAAGGUGGAGAAGCGGCGGGUCAAUCUGCCCAGGGUCCUUUCCAUGCCCCCCGUGGCUGGCACUGCGUGCCACGCAUAUGACCGGGAGGUCCACCUGCGUUGCGAGCUCUCACCGGGCUACUACCUGGCUGUCCCCAGCACCUUCCUGAAGGACGCGCCAGGGGAGUUCCUGCUCCGAGUCUUCUCUACCGGGCGAGUCUCCCUUAGCGCCAUCAGGGCAGUGGCCAAGAAUGCCAGCCCCGGAGCAGCCCUGCCUGCGGGGGAGUGGGGGACCGUGCAGCUGCGGGGCUCCUGGAGAGCCGGCCAGACGGCAGGGGGCAGCAGGAACUUUGCCUCGUACCCCACCAACCCCUGCUUCCCCUUCUCGGUCCCCGAGGGCCCUGGCCCCCGCUGCGUCCGCAUCACUCUGCAUCAGCACUGCCGGCCCAGUGACACCGAGUUCCACCCCAUCGGCUUCCAUAUCUUCCAGGUCCCAGAGGGUGGCAGGAGCCAGGAUGCGCCCCCACUGCUGCUGCAGGAGCCGCUGCUGAGCUGCGUGCCGCAUCGCUAUGCCCAGGAGGUGAGCCGGCUCUGCCUCCUGCCUCCAGGCACCUACAGGGUCGUGCCCUCCACCUACCUGCCAGACACAGAGGGGGCCUUCACUGUGACCAUCGCAACCAGGAUUGACAGGCCAUCCAUUCACAGCCAGGAGAUGCUGGGCCAGUUCCUUCAGGAGGUCUCCGUCAUGGCAGUGAUGAAAACCUAACAGGGUGGCUCCCUAUGCCAGCUCAGGUGACUGGAACUGAAGGGCCUGACAGGUUCCCAGCAACUGGGCCGGCCAGCCUUGCACUGUGAGGGCUGGUCCUGAGUCUUGGCCUGCCUCCCAGCCCUGCCAGGGGGCUGCUGCCUAAGGGUCCACGGGAAGCCUCCAUCAUGAGAGACUCAGCCCUGGGGGCAAGCAGGUGCUGCAGAGGAAGGGCGGGAAGCUUGGCGGCUUCUGUCGCGCCUCUGAGACGGCAGAGACCCCAGGAUCGCAGAGCUUCCCAGGAUCCCUCCCAGAUCCUCCUCUGCUGACUCCACACGGAAGCCUCACACCCACAGGGUAGGGCAGCAGAUCUUCUUUAUACCUAUUUAUUGUUUGCAUCACUUUUAGGAUGUAACUUUAUAAAUAAACAUGAACGCUGAGGAUUUGCAGAUC